GGUGGUUUCUUCUCACUAAAUCCGUAUAGACCAUCAGUCUCUGCCAUCCAUGUACAUCGAGUACAUCUUUUAAAAUCUCUAAGCGCAUCGUAAAUGUCGAACACACCUUUUGUUACUUUGCCUUGAUGAAAUUCACAAAAGUAUAGUGUACUAUUAAAAAAAUUAACAUAAAACUGCCAACGAUAUGAUUCACCGUUCUUAAGAGCACGCGACCCUAUGUCAUCAUCUGCUGAUUUACAAUGCACAUCAAGAAUAUAUGUAUUAUUAUUCUUAAUUUCCACUUUCAUUAGUGGUCCUGUAAUGGGAAUUUUAUAACCUUCUGAACAUAUCAAUGUUAUUAUCACCAUUAUGGUUAUAGCAAACCAAAAAAUAUAUGUGAGCUUUGUCUUCGAUGAGUUUGUCAUGAUGAUAUGCUUGUAGUAAAGGUAUUAAUGUAAUCAAGAAUACAUAAUUUAUAUAGAGCAAAAUUAACUUAUAAUAAUUUAAUUUAAGUACGUAAAUUAGUUAAAAAGUCACUAGAGUUUUUGAGUAGUUAUAAGAAAGCAAAGUUGCUCAAAUAAUUCCAAAGGGUAUUAGAUUUAGAGAAAUUAAUUGUCUAAGAUACAUUUUCCCAUUGAAAAUAACUUUCUCUCAAAUAAUUAUGAAUCUCAAAUAUGCCCUUUUAUAUAAAGUUUAUAAUCAUUUUUCAUUAUAUUAUAUAAUCUAUUUUAUUAAAAUAGUAACAUGACAUAUUGAUAUAAGUGUGGUCUAACUAUUUUAAUACAAUUAUUAAAACCUCUUUUAAUUAUUUAAAAGAAAUUGAUCAAAAAAAAUUUAUUUAAAAGAAAUAUUAUACAAAGAAAACACAAAUAUAACUAAAAAUACAAUUAUAAAAAUUAAAUUUCUAAAAAAAUGUAAAACAAAAAAUAUAUUCACAUUUUUAAGAGAGGAUCUAGUAUAUAAUUAAAAUAACCACUACAAAAUACCAUCCAAAGUUAUAAAGUAUUACAAUAAAAAGACAUAACAGAUGCUAAAUUAAUUUUGAAUAGCUAAAUUAGUUAAAAGUCACAAAAUAUAUGUAUUUACUAUAAAAUAAUGUAUAUUAAUUUAUGUUGAAAUAACCUUAAAUUAAAAUAAAUAUGAUUCUCUUCUCUGUGUUUUUUUGGAGAAUACAAAAUCAUUAAACAGGCUCUGAACAGAAGUAACAGAGUACACGAGGAGUCACUGUUUGUCUCGUGUCCCGAUUUGGUUUGUUUAUUAGUAUAUGUCCCACCAGGUGAAGUAGCGCGAGAGAAACUUUGCCUUGAGAUUCUGACAAGAUUCAAAGAUCACUUACAACUUGCGAGGAGGAUUCAUCAUCUUGGUGGGUGAUGGAACCCGUACAGCCACAACUCGAUACUCUUGUCUCUGCUAAAGCAAUCCAUGGCUCAAGUGGCUGUGAUGACGACAGAAAAGAGCUCAUCACCAACAACGGAGAGUCUCAUCAGAGCUUCUCCAGCGGAGAGGAGGAGGAAGAUGAGAUGGUGGAGGAUGAAAAUAGGAGAUCUAAUGUGUCUGUGUGUUCAGUGGAAGUAGAUCUGGAGCUUGGUUUGCCUGAGAAAGCGGUGGUCCAUUUGUUGUCGGAAGAUGAGAAAGAUUGCAGAAUCUGUCACAUGAGCUUGGACUCCGUGAAUCUUGAAUCCGGUGUUCCUAUCGAGCUUGGUUGUUCUUGCAAAAAUGAUCUCGCUGCUGCUCAUAAGCAUUGUGCUGAGACUUGGUUCAAGAUCAAAGGAAACAAAAUCUGUGAAGUAUGCGGGUCAAUUGCUGGUAAUGUUAUUGGAACCGUUGAGCCGGAGACUGAGAUUAGUCGGAGUGAAGUAAACGGUACAAUGACGCAAGCUAUGAGAACAUCUGGUCCACGGUUGGUGGAAGCUAGAAGCUUCUGGCAAGGUCACCGGUUCUUGAAUUUCCUUUUAGCUUGUAUGGUCUUUGCGUUUGUGAUCUCAUGGCUCUUCCACUUCAACGUUCCCUCAACAUAGCAAAAAAAAAACAAGAGUUCAUCAUAAAAAAAAGGUAAGAGAAGCAAAAGUACAUCCCUCUUGUGCCUUGUUACACUUUUAAGUUCAGUGAAGUUUAGAGAGGAGGAAAGAGCUUAAGACCUAGGAGAGCUAAGUGAUGUCGAUUUUGCGGGUUUUCAUUUCCAUCUAAAAAUGUUUUGCGGUUGCCAAUAAUGUAUAUAAAGCCUAGCUUAAUGGAAGUGCAGUAUUGUGAAGUCUCUUCUCUCAUUUCAUUGCAUUUAUGAGAAAUCUGAUCACUUA